AUGGGUCCCCUCUCGAAUCGCAUUCAAACUCUCUGCUUAGCCAACGCCACCGCCGCCAUUUCCCGCCUCUCUCUCCGUGUCGUUUGGCUAAAAGACGAGGGGAUGAUCUACGUGCCGCCCAGUGAAAUUCUAUUGGGCGGCGGCGGAGGAGCGGGCGGGGGAAGAUCAGGGGGGGAGAGCGCGCGGUCAAGGGGGAAAUUCACUUGGGGAAGAAGAGAGCCAAAGAGGGGGGAUAGGGAGGAAGUGACUAUGGCCGGGGAGAGAGGGGGAGGCGGGGCGAAAGGGGGCGGACGGGGAGGCGGGCCGAUGGUGAUUGAUACGGGGGGAGCGCUGUCGCCCGUUACAGCCACGAGAGCGUUCCUCGCGCACCCGUUUGUGCCCAAAACGAUGCGGUUUGGGCAGUGCGGGCGCAGCAGCGCAGCGCUGGACCCCUCUGAAGCGGAACGGCUCUCUCUGGACGUGUGGGUGUCUGUGAGGGCGCUCAACCGCACCAACUUCGUGAGUGCAGGGGGCAGUAUGUGGGGAGGGAGCAGUGUUUGGGCCAACUGUGCGGAGUGGCUCUCUCUGCACGUGUGGGUGUCUGUGAGGGCGCUCAACCGCACCAACUUCGUGAGUGCAGGGGGCAGUAUGUGGGGAGGGAGCAGUGUUUGGGCCAACUGUGCGGAGUGGCUCUCUCUGCACGUGUGGGUGUCUGUGAGGGCGCUCAACCGCACCAACUUCGAGAAGGUGGUGGGGUGUUUGGUGCUGGAGGAGUUUCACCACUGCUACGUUCGCCUGCAGCCCUCGGUGGCAGAGAAGGUGGUGGGGUGUUUGGUGCUGGAGGAGUUUCACCGCUGCUAUGCUCGCCUGCAGCCAUCGGAGGCAGUGAGAGGCAUUGUGGAGUCCACCAAUCUCAACAUGACACUUGUCACCCAGAGCACAGCCAUCUAUGUUGAUCCCCCCUCCGACCAAUCCUCCUGCUCCGGCUGCCCGCCGGGCAGGCAAAUUUCCGACUGCGUUGCCCGGAGCAUCGCGAUGGAAAUUCUACGCCGCCCGUCGAUCGAACUCACCAUCGCUUCCCAAGACCCCUCCCAUCCCACCGCAAUCGCCGAUUUCUUCGACCGGAAUCGCGCCCCUUUCAUGCCCCCAUCGGCCGAGUUUAGAGCAGCCAGAUGCACCGAACCUGCGAUAAAAAAGCUCAUGGCCACACCGGGCCUGAUGGAUGCCGAACCUGGUUCCCCUGCCGGACCUGGCAGGCCGAAGCUGCCGGGCACACCUGGUUCGGAGGGUCAAAUGGGUGGUGCAAAGGGUACGGGAGGAGGAGGGUUUAGAGGGAGUGGAGGGGGGGGAGGGGGCGGGGGAAGUGGGGGAGUGAAGGGGAGGCAGGGGCAUGCGAAUGUGAGUGUGGAUGAGCUGGUUAAGGUGAUUGGGAUGGUGGCAGAAAGGGGGAAGGAGGCGAUUGGUUUGGUGGAGGACACAGGGAGAGUGGAUGCUGGGGCAGUGGAGCGAGCUAGGAGAGUGCUGAUCGCGUGUCAACAGCAUGAGGUGAGAGCCUUGCUUGUGUUGAGGGGGCACAGGAAGGGGAAAGGAGGCGAUUGGUGUGGUGGAGGAGGCGAGGAGAGUGAGUGCUGGGGCAGUGGAGAGAGCAAGGAGGGCGCUGAUCGCGUGUCAACAGAUGAGUUUGCCGAACUACUCCUUCUCGCCAACACACAAGCCAUGCUGCACAUGCGACCAUCGCCAGCAGCAGACUUCAUUCGCGCCCGAGCCCUCGCCCGCAACCCCUCCUUCCGCAUGCUGCCUCCCGUCUGCUACUCGCCCCCCAUCCCUCCCAUCCCCCGUCAACUCUUUGCCAAGUUCUUCGUCGUUGAGCGUGAGUGCUAUGCUGUCUCAUGCCCUACCGUGCAAUGCCAUGCCAAGCCGUGCUGUGCUCUCGCCCGCAACCCCUCCUUCCGCAUGCUGCCUCCCGUCUGCCACACAUCCCCCAUCCCUCCCAUCCCCCGUCAACUCUUUGCCAAGUUCUUUGUGGUCGAACCAUCUCUCAAUCUGGCCUACUGCGGUCUCCCCAAGGUCGCUUGCACGAGUUGGCGCAUGUGGCUGCGGGCCAUGCUGCAUCUCCCCAAGCCAGAGGACCAUCUCCUCGCACACAGCUACGAGGCCAGCGGGCUGGGGGACCUUUCCCAGAAGUUUACUGAGAAAGAGGCCACACGGGCGAUGACGAGAAGAGGCCUGUUCAAGUUCACGUUCGUGCGAAAUCCGUUUUCGAGGGUGGUUUCGACCUAUUUGAACAAGCUGGUGGUGACAGACGCACCUGACAGGACCAAGGGGUGGGGGACAAGAGAGUUUUGGAACAAGGUGGGUGUGAGAGAGGGAUUGGGUGGACAAUGA